AUGGAUCAACAGAGCUCUAACUAUUUGGAGCUUGAUAUGGAUGAUGCCUGUAGUUACGAUCAACAAAACUCGCAAAUCCGUAUCCUUAGCGACGAAGACUACAGCACCGAUAGCUCGCAGCGCAGCACUGUUACACGAACAGCACCAGCGGAGGGCACCACCCAGCGUUCUGCCGGCCAACUAUCAGGAAGAGCUCGUGGCACCGGCAGCGAGCUUUUGCGACCUCUCCGUGAGUCUGCCUAUCCGGUUGAGUAUAAGUUUGCACAAACUACCUUAAAAGAAAAGUCAACCACUGAGGCCAGCACGCUUAAUGAAGAGAAGUGCGUGGGUCUGAAAUCGCUUGGCGAGCUCGUCAAAUACAGCCCAACCGACCUCCUCACUCGAGCAUGGUGCUUGUGCUCCUCGGAGCAGAAAAACCGUGAGUAUCCACUGUAUACUAAGCUACCGAGAUGCCCUGACGUGAUGGAAACUCGGUUUGGGGACACAGAUGAGAUAUCUCACUUUAUGCGCUCUAUUGCUCUACAGCUUGGUGAACGUUAUCACCGUGUCACGCCCGUGUACCUUCGAUCUCUGCUCGUUCAGGCCAUCGUGCGAGACGAAAUAGCAGAUGCACAUCAUAAUGUUGUGAACAGCACGCCGUACUCGGACAGCCUACUCAACCCUGCUUGGGAAGGUGAAAGUGCAUGUGCCGAUGAGACGGAUGAUGUCUCCGGAAACGAUGCAGUGGACGAGGAGCACGACGAGAAUCUCGACGCGGAGUCCACUGUGAGCGCUUUUGAUUUCAGUGUUGCGUUGGUUUUUCCUGUUGUGUCGCAAAGAAUCACAUACGAGAGUCUUCAACUCCUUCACACCUUGGUUGACAGAUGUUUGAACUCUUCGACGGAUGUGACAGUGCUUCGAUCCUGGGGCAUCAAGCGAAUGAUGCGUCUGUUGCUUCGCCACAUGAAUGUACACACCGGGCAAAGUCUGAACAAGAGAUGGCUUGCAACCGCAAUAUCAUUACUGUCUAAGAUUGUACUCGCGUCCGGCGACACAAAGACAUUCUUUGCUCUCUUACGGUGGGGCCUGUACCACCCAGAAACGAUUGCAACGCUGCACAUGCACAGGGUACGGAGGACUGUAGAACGUAUGGAGCAGAGGAGUGCACUUCGCGUACGUCUCUCUAUCCCGACAGUGACGCCCAAAGAGCAGACAAUAUCGCUUAUCCACUCUGUAGGACGUAUUCCCACAGUGAUCACGGGCCUCUGCGUAUUCACGGAAGAGGAUGCUGCGCGAUGCAUCCUUUUUACAGAGAACCGCUCCUUCAAAGUUGCCUUGACUCCGCCGUUUGAGGUGCUUUGCUGUAGCAACACCGCCCCUGACUCCUGCAGAGGCGUGUAUGUCGAGAAUGAUAUUUCCAUCUGCGUACUUGGCGACCUCGGGAAGGUCUUUGUGAUCGACAAAGACACUCUAUCGCUGAAACGAACAGUGUCUCCUGCAUUGCACCUUUCCAGCCCUACACAAUUUCUUCUGUACAUUGGAGACGGUGAGUACGUCUCACCAUACUUUCUAGCAGGUGCUUCCACCGACAGACAGGCUUGCUUUAUAGGAAACGAGGUGAGUGGGUCGCUCACGCCGAGCACAAUCAGCCUACCACGGACGUGCGACUCGUUGAGUAUCCAAUUCUACAUUUGCCCGGUCAUCACCAGUACAGUAAAUGAAAUGACGCUGCUCCACAUCACAACAGGGAGCAAGAAUUGGCUUUCAGUGUCGGUUUCGCUAAAUCCUCUUACUUCAAUCAUGGUGCUAACGUUCCGACACGGACAGGAUACCGUUGCUGAGGUUCGAGAACCACUGAAGGUAGAGUGGGCUCUUUGGAGCGCGUCACUGACGUCUACUAGCGACACGGCAGCGUGGAGUGUGUUCAAGAACGGGGUUCUGUGCGACACGCGCAAUCAAAGCGGCGCGCUGAUACAGCCCAAUGGUGCUCUGACCCCAAUUUUUUUCAAGGGUUGCUUGAACGCAUACCUAUCCACUCUGCAGCUAUGGAGCCGUGCCCAGAGCAUUGACUGCAUGCGCAACUGCGCGCUGGAGCAUACGCCAGAGAGCAAAUCACAAUUUCUUGUAUUUUCGUUCUUGAUGGACGAAGGACUCGGGCGCUCUUUCUACAGUCCACAGAGUGGCUACGCCUGGCAAGGCACGGGAAUGAUUUGGGACACCCCCUUGAAGCCGUUUCCGGUAAACCGGAAUUCGACGCAUAAAGUUUACUGGAGACCAUCCGGCAAUUACUAUGUUGUCACCAACCACUUUGAGUACGCCGUCAUCGAGCCGCAGCUUACGACGUGGAUUGAUCGAGAUGGCCGCGUCGUGGAGCAGGGGGAUGGGCAUCUUUCGGUGAACGAGCGGCCUUUUUACAACAUUACGGAUGGCUACUUUUUUCUGUCCACUCAAGACACCGUAGGUAUUCGGUCUGUUAAGUCAGACUCACCACCAGCAGCGUACUUGCGACAUCUUCCAUCCAUGGUGGUUGGCAAGCAGUUCUGCGCGCAGGUGGCGGAAAGCGUCAUGAGGUGCACCCCGAUUACGGCCAAGCAGUACCUAGAAUACCUCGUACACCGAACAAAUCUGCAUCUACUCACGUACAGCGACGAUCAAGGUAGCGGCCCCGUUCGCCUCUCACCAAGCCUGCGAGAAAAUCUCUCUGUCGUCGGUCGCCUCCUCGACUUGAGCGAGUAUCUGCUGUCCGGCAUUGAAAGCAGUGCAAAUGAAUGCCUGCGCCCUGAAGUGUUUCUCUGCCUUCUUGGUCGUGUACUGAGCAUAUACUUGAAGUUGUUUGAACGGCAAUGCCCUGGGCAAGUAGUGCGGUCCGUAGUGGACAUGCACAAGCGCCUACAGAGCUUGAACGCGAGAGUGAAACAGAACGAGUUUUUGCAGGAGGCCACAAGUGUGUUUAGUGACCUUAACCGGGUCAUUCUGGCCCGCUGUGUCAGCCACGAUUUCCAACUGAAGCUCAUAACGGAUAGUGCGAGCUUGAAGGAUGUGCGACAGCUGCUGCAGUUUGAGAGCCUCUCGCAGUUUGUUGCCUCUGUAAUCAAGAAGGACAUGAAGAAAAUGUUCAUGACCUUUCUUCACCGCUUGAAGGAGGAGUGCCAGGAGGAGGCGAUGCUAAUCUUCGACAGCAAACCUCGCCAAAUGAACGCAUCGGAGGCAAUGCUCAGCACCCUGUUGGGGAUGCUCUCGCAACAGGAGCACUCGCAGUGGCACCUGGUCGCUGCCGCACUGAUCAGCUCCCUCUGUAAGUGGAUUAUUCGUUGCUUUGAGGAGCGCUACCCGUCGGACGCCGAGCGCUACGCUAACGUUGAUGUUCUCAAAGAAACUUCCAUCGGCAUUGUCCUUUUCCCCGCCGUCCACUACAUGUGCGACAUGCAGCUUGACUCGUCCAUAGCCCCGGACGCGCUGAAAGCCCUCAACGACGCGCGAAAGUGCCUGUCACGCUACAGCCUGGCACCGGGUAAGACGGGGAGGAAGUUUGUCUCGUUUUCGGAGACGCACUACGUGGCGUCGCCAUCUCAGCUGACGGCGCCGUUCUAUGCCAACCUCUCGUUAAAAUAUGCCAAGAGCAUCAAGGUAGAGUUCCUGGACUCUCCGGAAAUGGACCGCGUUUCUAGCACGGUGACGGUCUCGCUUCUCACGAACAACUGUUUGACCUUUGUCGACGUGCUGCAUCCUGGCCAAAACACAGUGUCCUUAGAGGGUGCGCAAGUUUCGAUUGUGUGCGCCGCUGACGCCACGCCGGAUACCCCGGCUCCUGGUGUGGCACUGAACGUGCACACGGUCGUCGAGUUGGAGACCGAGAAGACGGACUGGGUACGCGAUAUCUGUAUCGCGCUCAGCUCCAUUAUCAUCCGUGUGACGCAGCACAACCUGCACAACACCGCGCCGUCCGGCAGCGUCAUUCGCAGAGACUCCUUUCUUCGUGGUGGCUUGUCCGUUAGUAUGCAGAGGCGCAACAAAAUAUCGCUCUCCUCGGAGGACAAAGAGGAGUGCGCCGAGCUGCACGCGCAGCUGUGUGCGGUGGCGGAGGAGGCUGACCCGUCACUAACUGCUGCAUGGAGCACUUUGUAUGAGAAAAGCUGCAUCCAGUAUUCCAAGCGACUGGAGGGAAUCAUGCGAUGGGCAAGCUGUGCGCUUGCGUGGCAUACGCUCUCGCUCCCUGCAGAUGAUCAACAGACGGUGGAGCGUCUGCUCUGCCGCAGUGUGGAUGCCAUUAAGCGCAAGACAUUUUUGUUGCUGGAGGCACUCCAGCAAGGGCGAGAGGAAGCGAUUGUGGGUCGAGCACGCUUUUUGCUUUUCAGCAUAACCCCCCGUCUCUUUGGCGAGUUGCAGCUGGUAGAGCACCAGCACACGGAAGAGCCGGUGACGGCGGAGGCAGACCGUGACUCUCGCCAGCUGUCGCGAGUGGGCUACUCGGCUGGGAACCGAAGUCGGGCCGCCAUGGCAAGCUUCCAAACGCUUACGACGCACCCGCUUGACCUCUCCAGCAACUAUCGGGGGUCACUGUUGAGAACGUGCAAGACGACCUCGCGGGGGGUCGAUGCGUCGCCGGUGAACAUUUUCAGCAAGGCUGUGAAGAGCGAGGAAGAGAGUUUGCCGAACAAGAUAAUCUACUACCUCAUCAACGGACUUGACAAAUCAACCGAAGACAUCUAUAAAGAUAUGGUGGUCAAGACGCAGCAGGCUGUGUACCAGACGGCAGCGUACAGGCUACAGGAGGACCUGUGCAAGUCCUUUGCGAACGAUCGGGAGAUACUGUCCACCAUUUUAAUGACGCACUUGAAGUACCGGUUUGAGUUAUCUCAGUCUACAAUUUCGACAACGAGUGGAGAAGAGGGGGCGGCUGGAGCGACGAAAGUUGGCUUUAGCCAUCACUACACAGAGCCAAUUAUCGGCUGUGGUAUGCUACGGGAGCUGGAGUUGCAGAAGGCAGUGUGCUCAUUUGUGCAGAGCUCGCUGCGCUCCCUCUUGCACAAACUCGACGACACGCAGGAUUUCCCGUACGUGGAGGCGGUGUACAUGUGUGCUACCCUGUGCCACCCCUGGGAUGGUGUGGACAUGUCGGUCCUGCAGCCGCGAGAGAUCUUCACCUUUCUCAAGAAACUCUUCGCAGCCGCGUGCGAGCUGCGCCUCGAGUCUGCAAGCAGCGACACGGACAAGUACUACGAGAGUUGUGGACUAUUUGAUCUUGCGCACCGCUGUCGCGUCAUUCCCAACGCAAUGCUGCAGACGUCUGUUGAAGGCGUUCACAUAGUGCAAAGUGAGGUGCAGGGACUGCAUGUGGAGAACGUCAACGUUGUGUUCAGCGCGCGAACGCACUGGAAGGCACACGGCGCGAACGUGAAGAUACCGGCAAAGACUGGUAAUGUAGACUACUACGCGAACUACGGCAUUCCAAGGGUGAUCAGCGAGUUUCCAGACGUGCAGUACUAUGAGGUGACGCUGGAUUUUACGCUGCAUCCUAGCAAUCCGGAGCUGUCGAUGGGGCUGAGCCUUCUGCCUCUGUCGCCGCUCGAUCCUGUGCGGACAGACUACGUGCUCUCACUCGCCUCCAACGGUCGCGUCCACCGCCCUGAGAAGCAAGAUUGCCAGCUGUGCAAUCCGUGGAAAGUCGGCGACGUUGUCGGGUGUGGACUCAUGUCCCCGUCAAACAGCGUCUUCUUUACGCUUAACGGCGAGUUUCUCGGCGUGGUGGCGGAGGUCCAGACCCUGUCCACCGUUAUCCCGUUUGUCAGCGUACACGGCGACGACACGCUCAUGAAGGUGAUAGUCAAUUUUGGCGAAGAGCAACCGUUCCGCUUCGACUUGGCAUCCCUUCACUGCAGCUGCCGGCAUCGCUACCUCACCCCAAGUGUGGUGUGCGACACGGUCAUCAUCACGACAGACUACCUCAUCACCAUGUGCUACAAGGGACUGUCGCAGGAGGACAACACCGCGACGGCAAACUGUGAAGCCAUCAGUAGCCUUCUCGAGAGGGCGACUGCGUUCCUCAGCUCUUCGACCUUGACGCUCAUGGUGAAGCUGAACGCGUGCUCGCCAGGGCAGAGCAGCCGCAUCGAGCCGAUUGUUAUCUUGCUCUCACGCCUUCUCCACUGCGUUUGCAUAGUGAUCGAGUGCUUCCGCUACGACUCUGUCUCCUCGCGCACCCACGCGACGGUUCUCCAGCUCUGCGCCGCCAUCCUCACGCGGUGCCGCGACAAGUGGGUCAAGGUACGCGCCUCACAGUGUCUGGCAAUGCUUUGCAAAAUUCUGCCGUCGCAGUACCUCGUGGAGGCAUCGGAGACAAUGCGGGGCCUGGUGUCCUCUGAGGACCUUGUGCAGCAGCUCGUCGAUCUCGCCCGCAUCAAAUUCAGCAAGGAGGUGGAGGCACCCAUGCAACCGCCUCGCUGGGUUGGCGACACCACGAUUGUGAAGGGCAAAGGCACCUUCUUCGGGUCUGUUCCGUUACCAAAGAAGGGUACGCAUCUCGUUGGGUUUCGCAUCAAACGGCGACAGCAGCAGGUUCAGGGGCCUGGGGCCCCGCUGGGCGGGUGCUACUACCUCGGACUGGCUCACGGACAGCCAUCGAUUCCGAAUAUGGGCAACCUGAUCAGCCGGAGCGACGUUUACGUGCUGCAAGACACAGACGACCAGGAUCAGGUGUCGCAUCUUCUCCUGCGCCGGCACUGCAUCCCGCGUAACAGCCAUCGCCGCGUCUACGGAAACGAUGAGAUUGUCUGGGUGGAGCUCAACGCGGACUACGGUGAAAUCGCCUUCUAUCGCGAGAAUAUGAUCAUGAUCGGCCUUGCGUUUGUGAACAUUACCCGCGUUGACGACCUGUACCCGAUAGCCUUUCUCUUCAACGAUGACGCCUCCUGCGAAAUCAUUGCGCCACCGUCCCUGAUGGACGAGUCUGUUGAGCACUGGACGGAAAACCUACGCCGCAGCACUGCCAUCGACACGCUGCAGGAGCUUCACGUGGUUCCUGGGUUUUCCAAGAUAAUUUCGCUCAUGGUGCAACGCGCCGUGUCGCAGCUUGAUCGUGGUCUGGACGCGUGCCUCGUGGCGCUGGGGGUGCUGGGCGGGGAGCGAAGCUACCUCUACUGCCAGCACGAUACCUAUGGUAUGGUUGUUGUGCACGCGAUUGCUGAGGUUACCGGGAAUGUGGUGGUGUUUCUUGCCAGCGACGAAGACAGGCGACUGUUUUCAGUACAACCGCAGGGCCUGAAGCCUUCCUUCAUUCAAACACCACUGUACCAGAGCAACAUGCCAGACGCACAUUCCUGCGCCGAACUGCUCUCGAACGAAUUAUAUCACAUUCUCUACGAGGCAUCCGCCGUGGCCCCGCUCUUACACAGCGAAGCGGAGGCACGGCGCAGGGUGGAGAGCCAGUACGAGAAGUCUCUCAGCAGCGCUAUCGCAACGAACCUUAUCGGAAUUCUCACCGAGCAGCAACUGGGUUUGUCUCCGCAGCUGCCGACAGCAGCUUCGCCUUCGCCAGAGGGAAGCGGGUCUGCAUUUCCGUACCGUCGCUCCAAUUCGAGCGUCAUUUUUUUGGGCCAGUCCGUGUCGGUUGACUUGCAUUGCUCCACCAAGACGCUGUACGUGCCGAACCCUUCCGUCGCUGUCACCACCGCUGAUGGCUGCUCUGUCGUGCGCGGAAAUGUACAGCUUGACCAAAGAUUUGCCCUCGCCGUCUCUGUCACACAGACAUCGGCCAAUGACCUCAUGUAUGUCGGAUUUACUACCGCUCGUAUGCGCUGGCCGGAAACGCAGGACGAGGUCGCCACCUGGGAUGACGCGUGGGUGCUGUGCAACCGAGAUUCCGUCGCCACGAACAGUGUGAAUUGCUGUAUGGAACCGGGCAUCAUCUUUGGAGCGGCGGACAAGGUCUUCCAGAGUGGCGACGUACUACUCAUGCGUGUGGAUCGAUAUGAGAAGACAGUGGCUUUCACACGCAUACGGAACAGUGAGCAGACGGAUCUUGGCGUCUUGUUCGAGGGCAUCCCUGUAUCCUGUGACCUGCGACCGAUUGUAGUGUGUGGCGAGGAAUCUGUCGUAGUCUUCUCCACACUCAACUCGUGCCUCUUCCCCGCGCGACUAACAUACCCGGUGAGCAACUUCAACAACCCAUCACGUGAGCGGGUUACCUGCAGCUCGUGCUCGCGGCGGCUGAUGCCGCCAUGGUACGGUAGCGAAGAGAACGUGGCCCUCUGCGAGUGGUGUUUCAGCUUGUGGAAGCGCCCAAAGGACAUGUUCUUUGUGGUGAGCACCGCGUCCCGCACGAUUCCGGAGUAUCUGGUUUCGGAUCACUGCCCCGACACACUUGUGGCCGGCGAGUAUGUGGAGUUCGAGGAGAACACCGGGCUUCAGUGGUCAACAAUGCGAAGUGUGAACUCGGAGAUGAUAGGGGGCAUAUGCAUCGCACUCAAUGAUGAGAGUUUUGCCUUCAGCGAUGAGCUUCCACAGUUUGGGCACCGCCGUGUCGACGUCCGGCUCAGCCACAUAGCUGGUGUACGAGGUCACCCAUUUAGCGGCUUACACUCCUUCACGCCGCUAUGGCGAGACGGGCAGCAGAUCCGCGCCACGUGCAGCCUCCGUGGCGACUGCGUGGCGGUGAGUGCGACGCUGCUGCCCAUGCGUACAAAGUUGUUGUUGUGCCUCCACAUUGAGGGCAGCUCGCGCAACACACUCUUCACUAUUGCAGAGGUGUUUGUAGGAGUGGCGAAUCUGGCCGAUACUUCGCGGCCGAUGAGUCGCGCGGACCUGGAGCAUCUCUGCGCGACGAAGAAUGCGCGUGGUGCGUGGUGCGACACAGGCGAGAAAGUGAGCAGCAGCGGUCAUGUCUACAUGCUCGUGGAUUGUCUGAACAACUCGAUCUUUUUCAGUUCCAGCCUCAGUGGCCUUCAAUGCAAGCCGUUCAUCAUCUCCGGCAGCAUCUCUGCUGACGCUGACGAGGACAAUCUUCGCCUCCUCGUGUUUUCACAUGAUCCGUGCGUUGUUCACUUCUCGGAGGGACUUGUGUCCUACAACGAGUGUGUCGAGCCGAGCUUCGCGCCGUUGGCGAUCGGCCUCUUUCCCGAAACAGGUGACGCCCCGUCGGUAGACACGUUUAACGAGGCGAUUGUCCUGAUGGACACCGUCGACCGCACUCAGGCAUACACGAAAACAGAGUGGCGGUAUUCGCCACAUGUGGACAAGCUGGUCGAUGGGAUACUCUUCUACAUUGGCGACACGGUGACGUUUUUCCACGACGGGGCGACAAUUCGUGUGUACGUACAAGGAAUCGAGCUGGCGAGCCUUGAGCUUAGUGAUGCACAGCGAAGCGAGCGCCUGCGUGUCGUCGCGUACCUGUCCACACGCGGCACGACAGCUACGAUUGUGCCUCCUCUUUACGGUGUUUCCCACCUGGGCAAGAUCACGCGCGUGUGCAGCCCAGACGUUGCCGUUGUCGAAUCCAUAUCAGAGCACGGGAAGUGCUGCACAUUUGCAAUCCACAAGUCUGCGGUGCGCUUCUGCGCGAUGGUGGCCGCGGCCGACUGGGAGCAGCAGGCCCUGUGCGACGGCGACCCUGUCGCAUUCAAGGUCGGUGGGCUGCAAAUCUCCAAGCGCGGUACCAUUGCUAGCGUGCAAGGAAGCGUUGUGAAUGUAUGCGAAAAUAGCGACAAACGCAACCUCAUCUCCAUCAACAUGAACCAAUGCUUUCUCCUCCGAAACGAAGGCAAGCAACGGUAUAGCUACGAGCUCUACCCUCUCAUCUCGCCUCCGACAAGCUCCAUCACGCGUGUCUUUGAGGUGGGAAAGAAGAAGUUCCGUCUGCAGAGUCGUGGGUCGUACAAUGGAAUCAUGUUUGACUGCAAAACAUCGGAAACGAUUGAGCUGAUUGGGUUGUCCGUGCUGACCCGGGUUACCGGGUGUCAUCAGGUGCAGACCUACUUCCGCAAAGGUUCCAGCGUCAACCACGAGCGCGACAGCCGAUCAUGGACGAUUAUCUUCGAUGACAUGAUUGAGAUGACAGCUGACCACCAGUUCAGUAUCCCAUUUUGGCCGAUCAUUGUGGAAGGCGGCACGACUUUUUCCUUGUACAUCAACACGUCACACAACUGUGGCAUUGGCUUCUACUGCGAGGAGGAUGGCUGCAGCGGUGAGAUUGACCAGGAACUGGACACGGACGGCACUCUUUCUGUGUACCUGGGACGGAAGAGCGGCAGCAGUGACCCUUUCACGGAGUUCAGCACGUCACCGCGCGGGUUCUGUGGCACUAUCCAGUACAAGCAGAAUCACGGCUCUACCUUGCUGUCUAUUGAGGGCAAGCACUUCGCCAGCUCGUCAUUGGACGUGAGCCUCUGCCACUCCAGCGAAUCGCUUCGACUCAUCUGCCGCCCCCCGACAACGUCAAAGGACAUUGUCGUCACGUUCCGAGUACGGGUGUUGUCACUUGCGGUGCACAUCAUCUCCUUCCAGCUGCCUGUGCUUCUGCUCAACCCAUCGGCUCGUGCACCUCAUGGCAUCUCGUACUGCUCCAUUUCCAUGUUCUACACCCAGGAGGACCGCCUCGAGAGGCAGUGGAUCUGGAACUCACGGUUUUUGGUGCAGGGCAACGCUUCUGAGGUUGUGCUAAGCCCAGCGAAUCUGUCUCUGGAGCAAGGGACAUACACGUUCCAGGUCUUGCUAAAGAACAUUGAGGGCGAGGGCGUGGGUGCGCCGCCGCAUCUGUGUCUACUCAGCAGCAGAGACCCGUCGUACGAGCGCAUGAACGGGCUCAUUGCGGUGAGCGGGUUCUUUGGUGACGUGACGUGUGAGGCGAACAGGCCUGUACUGGAGGGUGAACUCCAUACAAUGACCCCGGGCGCUCACCUAAAUCAAAACAACUCGGCAUCCUACAACGGUAUCAUGUUUGACCUACGCAGCAAGAAGGAGAUAACCCUGGAGCAAGUCUUCUGCAUCUCACAGACCACGUCGGACUGCGUUACCGUGCGCGUCUUUUGGAGGGAGGGAAGCAUGGAGGGGGCGGAGAGAGCGCCGCACCAGUGGCGAGAGGUGAUAGCCAAGGAAUUGGCGGUGGUGGAUAAGCACCCUUUUUCGGUUGGCCCACUGAUGCUGCGCAUGCGGGCCAACCAGGUCUACUCGAUAUUCAUCAACACAUCGUCGAGCUGUGGCGUCCGUUUCUAUAACAGCAGUGACGGACACGUCGGAGACAUUCGCGACGAGUUUGACAGCGACGGUAUUUUGUCCGUCUACGUUGGCCGGAAAAGUGAGUCGUCGGCACCGUUCGUGGAGCUGCCACUCGAGCCGCGGGCUUUUCGUGGCCGGAUCACGUACCGCACGUACGCACUACAGAAUGCAGAGGCAAUGGAGUACGCCACAUUCUCGUACGUCCGAGGUUUUCUUGUUACUCGAAUGCUAGUAGCUCUGAUGUCGUACGUCGAGCUGUCUGGUGUUAACCCCGCUCACAACUUUUCCUAUGAGCAGCUGCUCAAGACAAUUUCACUGCUCGUCACGUCACCGACGGAAUCCCUCGCAGACUUGAUGGGUGCAGAAAACAUGCUUACAUCCCUCAUCCGGGACUCGCGCGAGGUGCGCAACACCAAUGCUACAGUCCCAAUAGCAGGGAGCCGCUGUACCCUGUUGGUGCCACUUGCAAAGGGCGACAUUGCGCUGCUGACCGACGUGCAGAGUUCCGAGUCGAACGCGCUUGUUCAGCUGCAAUCCGGCGUGCAACCCGACGGGAUGGCUCUGGUGCGACACCGAGACGCGUCAGAGCCCUUCCGAGUACCUGCGAAGCGACUUCUUCCUAUCACGAAGUGUGUCGUGUGCGGUGGAAUGUACUCUCAGGAGGUCUGCGCCACCUGCAACACCGAGCACAUGCCCAUCCUCUCCGAAGAGGCGAGGACACUUGAGAUUGUUGCGAAUGGGCUACAGCAGUCACGGUCGGGGCGAAGUAUUCAGGAAACAAUGGAGGCGACGGUUGCUGCAGUGGGUAGUGCCUGGCCCAGGGACGGGGCGGUGGUGCGGACUGAUGUGGCAUCCAAAGAGAGACUGGAGGUGCGGGCGUCUGUGCAGCCGCGCGGCGUUGGGUUCUUGAUCCCCGUUGCACUUCUGCUCAGUGAGGAGGAAUACAGCGAGGGAGGGGGUUUCAUGUGCCCGUUUGUGCUUCACCCCGCUGUCGGUGCGGCAGUCUCGCUACGCCUUUCGGCGACAAACGAGGUAUUUUCUGUGCAGUUCGUUACCAGCGGUGCUGCUUCAGCAGUCGCAGAAGUGACCAAGGAAGCCUCAGCUAGUUUUUUGCUCCUGCGACUUUGGGAAGGCGAUGACGAGGUUCGAGAGGCGCUCACCGAAGAUCCCGUUCCAUUUGUUGUCUGCCGUGGUGGUGAGUCAAGCGUUCCGCUGAUUGAAAACGUUCACGCCGGCUACGCUGCUAGCUUUCAGCGCGACGGGUUUGUGGCGCUCUUCCUCGAGAUAGAGGCAUGUUUGCCGCUCCCACCGACGGCACCAGUGGUCGCAAAGCCGGACUGCUGGAUGUGGGAGCACAACUCCGUUGAAGCGCAGCUGUACUCGACCAGCGCCACGUAUUUGUCGCACCUGUUCUGCAUGGAAGGGGUAUCUGACUGGCCGCACUACUCCGACUUAAUAGUGACUGCGAAAGGCAAAGAGGCGACAAUUUUUUUAGAGCUCCACGUCACGCAAGUCGCAGUUAGCACACUCUCCUCGUCCGGGAUGAUGCCGCACUCGGCACCGUUGCUACCGUCCGUUCGGAUCCGCAAGCCGUUUAACGUGCAAAGCGACGAGGUACUUACGCUACGGGUGACGACGGAGGGUGACUUUUUUAUUUACGACACGAAUGACAUCGUGCGGUGCAGUAUUUCAAAGGACGAACUCUACAGCGGCAAGCACCAGCGACAGCUGCACAAGAUUGGCUUUGUGAGCGUCGACCCGGAGAAGGUGACGGCGCUUCUUUACGCGCCGGAAAAGGCGCGGCGCCGUUCCUGUUCCGCCAUUGCGCCGGAGGCGAAGACGACCCUCUCCCCCUCCUCCUCGCUGCUCGUCAAGACAUACUCGCCUGCUUGGGUAAAGCGGGAUCCUAGCCGCAUUACCGUGAGUCGAAACGGUCUGACCGCGAGCUCCGUGAACGAGCUCGGUGGAGGUGACGCGGUAAUGGGGACACCAUUACCACCGACAGGUGUGUCGUCUUUUGUGGUGCAGAUACACCGCAAAGAUUUCCAGCCAGGCACACCACUCGGCUCCGGGUUCUUUGCCGGAGUGGCCCUCUCCGACUUUGCCCAGCUGGCGCCAGAGUACUCUGCCAUUAAGACGUGCAUCGGGUCUCUGUGGGUGGUGCAGGAUGUUCAGGACGAGGACUCGAUGCCAAAUCAGGAGCUGCUGACUCCUCUGAUGCGCGGCUCCUACGGGCAAGGAGUGCUGUUUUUUGAUAGCACAAAGCUGGUUUUCAUUGUUGACCGCAGCAACGGCUCGCUUUCUAUCUCGCGCGACAAUGAGUCACCACAGGUGGUCUUUCAAGGCAUACCGCAUGGCGCGUCCGUCUCGCCGUUUGUCCGGCUCGACCACCCCAACUCCUCCGCGACGCUGGCACGCUUUUCUAGCGCUGUGGAGUACGCACGACUGCAUCAGCCUUCCCUGGAGAAGGUCCUCUGGUUGCAGCCUAUCACACCGUCUCUUUUGCGCCGCUACCCCCUUUUUAUGGCAAUGCAGACCUUCCCGUUUAUAUCGGAGCUGGUGCGCAAGCUCCCUACUCGUCUCGCCGGGGUGUUGGAGCGGUGUUGGGGCGAACAGACCGCACGGUCGCGUUUCGAGUACCGUGUAUCGCAGGUGCUGGAGGAGCUUACGGAGUUGGGUGCCUUUGCUCGUUUGACACCGGAGGUGAACAACGCCAAAGUGGAUGACAUUGUCGACUAUCUUUCCAGGUCGUCGCGCAGAGAGGUGGUAGUGUUUCCCGCUUGCACGAGCCAGACAGAGGCACAGACAUCGCUACGGGACAGCAGCACUGGUGUGCACGUGCGGUUGCCGCCAACGUACGAGCUUGUGGGACGCGUGGAGGCGACAAAUAUGGUGCGAGUGCUUUACUUCGAUCACGAGUUCGGUGCGGUCGAGCGCACGCUGCACCUUUUCUACCUUGACGACCCGACAAUAAACCUUAACAGCACGAACGACGUCUUGCCGCAUCUGUCUGUGAUGCGCCAACACGAAAUCCUACCAGCUCUGAACAGUUCAGACGCCGUGGCCGUUAUGGUAGACGGAUGGUUUGAUUGCUCACUGGCGGACUACAACGAAGAGCUCAACGUGAAGGCAGAGGAGGAGAUUGCCUCCUCCCUUGUCUACGCCUUGGAACACUGGCAUCUGCACCAGCUGCCGCACGGUCACGUCCACCCGAAAAACAUCUAUUUGCGUGUCGCGCAUGGGGAGGUGGUGCAAUGCUGCCUGUGGAACGUGCAUCAGCUGUCCCCGACGAGCAAGUACGCCUCGCAUGAUCUGCGUGACUCUGGCGUCCGCUCAUUGUUUGGUGACCGAUGGGCCUGCUGGAAAAUACUGCACUCUUUUCAGGACCUUCUCGCCUAUGACCCCCGCAUUGCGGAGUGCGUCGAACUCAUGGUGGACGAGGCCACGAGUAUCUCACGCGCGCUGCAGCUGAGUGUGGCGUUUCAGGGAAACUUCAGCGACAGCGGCGAGGGUCCAACGUUUUCGCUGCGCACGGGGUCACGGCUACGCGGCGGCUCCGGGUCGUACAACGGCAUCAUGUUCGACGUCGUUGCCAAAAACAAAACCAUUCGCAUUACCAAGCUCUCCUUCAUACCAGACGCGAACACGGUAGCGACGGUGCGGCUCUACACGCGCAGUGGGAGCUUUAUGGGCUUCGAGCGCGAUGCGGAAGCGUGGACGCAGCUUGUUGAGGAGGACAUGGCGUUGAAGGACACGUGGGAGGUGACGCUGGAGAGCUUUGAGCCCAUUACGGUGCCAGCUGGCGCGCGGGUUGGUAUUUUCCUCCACACGACGAGCGGCAGUGGUGUGCUCUUCUUCUCCGAAAACGAGGGACUGCAGGGCAAAACCGGAGACGUGGAGGAGGAGAACGACGACAUUGGCAUUACCAUUGGCAAGAAGAGUGAGAGUGCCAAUCCGUUUGUCGCGGUGCAAAGUCAGAAGCGGCUGCUGAAGGGCAGCAUCACCUACACCGUCCUCAUGCGAUCGAGCGGACCGCGGAGCUGUCUCAUCUCCUCCUGCGAGCCUGUUCUCGGCGACAGCAAGGACGACGAGCAGGUCGAGUUGCGUUUGGUGCAGGUCAGUGGUGCAGCGAACGAAGAACACGUGGCAUCGCAGGCGCCGAAGGGAGAAAGUGAAAUUCGUGGUGCGGAAGCCCGACUCACCACCACCGUGCCCCCCUCGUCGCCAAGGUACUGUCUUCAGGUCCUCGGGACUCCAAACACUCGGCACGGCGGGGAUGACGAGGAUAACGUGUUGACCCUCGUGGCGCCGAGUCAGUUCGUGUGGUGCCGCGCAUCGCAGGUGGUCUCCGUUCGUCCUAGGGCACUGCGAGAGGUGGCUGAGCCACUGGUUCGCUGCCUUGCCGCCGAGGGUCUGCGCAGGCGUCGUGCACUACUGCGGCAACACCGUCUCAGCAGCUACCUGUUUCCUUGUCGUCCAUUGCGUUUCACCCCCAUUUCGGCCCUUCAAAAGGGGACUGAGAUGCCGUCGACAAUGUGUAGUGUAACGCAUCCGAUUCUCCGCGGUGAUAGCGUGUUCGUCUCAGAGCCCGUCUUGACUUCUUGCACCCUGUCGUUCUGGCAGAAGGCGUCCGGGGCUGCGCUACUGCUUGUUAUGGAUCACAUCCCCACGGCCGACGAAGUGAAUCGGCAGACCAUAUCGCCGCUGUCCAGCUCGCUGGUUGGCGCGCGCAGCUGUGGUGGAUUUGUGCACGUCGAUGACGAGCUUCACUGCGUGACGUCGAGUCGAGAUCGUGUGUAUCUGCGGCUCAAAGCGCCGUUGUCAUGCCGCCCCGUCUUUGUUGUGGCACGACUCCGAAACGCCGGACACCGCGACUCGCCGCUGUUCGCCUACAACACUGCCCUGGAGCAAAGCCUCUUCGUCCCCGCAGCGGAUGGAUGCUUCUUCAUCACCGGCCGCGACACCACACCACGCCACGACAAGGCUGCAGUUGCGACCACCUGGCACGCCUGUGGCGGAUUUGUUGCGCUGGAAUGGCGCGACAGGGGUAGCGCUGGUUCGGAGCCACUUGUACGGCUCGAGUCUCUCGUCUCCAGCAUGUGUGAGGUGCGCUUUGUCUGUCUGCCUCGGUGCCCAGGAGAGUGCGAGACAGUCAUGCAGGAGAAGGUCAAGGGUGGGGAGGGGCCCUCAGACGUGGCUAUGCCGCACGCGAUCCUGCAGUCGCCGAUUCUGGUUGAGCUUCGCGAGCAGGUGAGGUGGAAGUCGGUGCGGCACCUGGUCGGUUUGACGUGCCUGUCCUCGUCCCUCGCGCUGUGCGGCACGUGCGCGGCGUGGCAGGUGGCGGGUGGCAUCAACUGCAGUGGGGUGGUGUCGUCGUCGCACUUCACUUUUGCGGAGCGGCACCGGGUGCUCCUGCGGCUGCAGUUCCCGCGCCGCGCUCCGAUGGACCUGCAGCUUGACUGCAAGAACGGCGUGGGAAGGCCGAUUCGACUGUUGCACGGCUCGUACAAGUGUUUGCGCAGUCGUCUAUUCGACACCGCAGUGCGCGAGGUCUUUGUCUCCCUCGAUAUCAACCUGCAGACGCGCGAAAUCAUCGUGCUGAGUAGCGAAGGCACCGUUCAUCACCCCUUUAUUGAAGAGAGCGUCCCCUCGUCAGACGUGCAGCUGAUUUUUGUGUCUCACGCGCCAGGAUCGAGGCUGGAUGUGCUGGAGUGGAGGGUUUGCACUUCUCAAAUUCGUGGUGAGAUGACUACGUCGGUGUUCAAAGAUGUGCUACAGCAGACACACUUGGCAGAGCUCUCGGCGAACACGUCCUUGACGGUCGGCAGCGUGUGCCGCCACUCGCCGCGCGGUAUGUUUCAGCCCAACCGCGAAGUGAACUUGUCGCCAGCGAAGCAGAUGGGGGUUCUCAUGGUGACGUACGCGAGAAUGCUACUGGAGAAAGCGCUUCUGUUUCAGGAGCAGGCGCGAGCAGCUGCUCAGCCGCAUUUUCUUAGCCUUAUCGCGUUCACGGCAUUACGCACGCACAGCGAUAUUGCUCGAAUCUUGGAUGCUGAGAUCAAACAAGGCUCUUUCUGGCUCGUGUCUCAGUGCGUUGCACAAUUAUCCGCGCCGUUUCUGAUGCAGGUAGCGGCAGAGGUGGCUGCCAGCAUUAACGUGAUCGCCUCUCUGAUGCGCAACAGCGUCUUUCGGCGCACGAUUUUGAACGCGUUUGGAAGCACCCUUGUUCUCAUUCUUCUCAGGGCUGCAACGGUGAACACCCGGUCGACGCGGCACUCAGCACUCCAAUGCGUGCAGGAGUUGUUAGCGGAUGAGCGCGUACCGCUUCCGUCCUACCGCGUGCUCUCCGCGCAUCUUCGUCCGCUGACGGACAUGAUGUCAUCCUUGUGCCGGAGAGAGCGGAUGACCUCGGCGGUAGUGCAGACCGGUGUGACACUCAUCGCUGAUCUAAUCGAGCGCUACCAGCGUGAGCAGCGAGCGCACCUCUACCGAGAUGCUCCAGCAGAGAUACCGUACAAGCUGGUCCUUUGCGCUCGCGAGAUUGUGCGCGCUCUCCUUCAUGACCCGCCGCUUCCUUUUCCUUUGGCAAUGGUGACGGAGAUGAGCUCGCAGCAUACGAUGCGGUGCGAGGUUGUCAAGCGUGUUGUCGACGCUGAAAACAGGACGUGCUCGUUUGGAGUGUUCCAGGAGGAAGGCCGGCACUCGGAUAGUAGCAUGUCCUAUACCGUAAGGCUGAACGGCAACAGGCGCGGCUCCGUCGUGGUCGGCUGGAACUCGGCGACGCCGCCGCCGCCGCCGAAUGACUCACUGCCGUGCUUUGGCUACUAUGUAGAGGGGCGCACCGGGGCGGUGUUUCUGUGUUAUAAUCACACAAAGUCGCUGAAAGGCCUCGCCCUUCGCGUUAACGCUGGCGACGAGCUCGUCACAAGGGCCAACUACAAGGACCACAAGAUCGUCUUUGAGUUGAAGCGUGCCGGCAUCACGGUAGGGGAAACGAAGUUUGACACGGAGAGGGAGGUGAUUGGGUUACCUUUUUUCUCCGCCGAGUACUGCGAUGACGCAACGGUGGACCUCAAGUCAUUCCGUCCAGGCCCGCAGACGCUCUCUAUAUCCCGCCUCUACGAGCAGAUUCUCCAGGCUCCGUACGAGCAAGACCAGACGCCGGCGCAGUCGUACGAGUUUUAUGCGGAGCUGAAUCUGUUUCUGCAAACUGUCCUGAACGUGCACGGCAGCGACGACAUCGCCUCGCGCGUCAUGGGCGAAUCGACUAUGGCGAGCCACGAGCUGGCCAGCUUCACGCAGGUGUCCUCGGUGCUGAACACUGGCGCCUUUGCCGACAGGGUCGCUCUUGCCCCACUCAUGCCGUACAUUGUGCGUCUCAAGAAGCUAGAUGAGCUGACAUCCGAGUUUGUCCCACUCAUCAACUUGCGCCGGCGCUCGGAGUUGUUUGAUAUCUUCGGCGUUCUCAAGAACCUCUGCUCCCGAGAGACGGAGGAGCGGAUACAGACCCGCAUCAUGGCCCCAUUUCAGCACAUGCAGGGCAAGAAGGUAUCGGUGACAAUCCACACGAUGCAGGCGCAGCCCACGAGCACCACCGGCCCAUUCCAGACACUGAUGCGCUCCGUUUUUGGCCAGCUGUAUCUGCAACUACAGCAGGCCACCAUCGACAUCUUCUAUGUGUCGCCCAUCUUUACCGUGAAACUCGCCGGUUUCGGUUCCACCGACGCCGGUGGCCCCUACCGUGAUGUGCUUUCUCAGCUCGCCACAGAGAUCAUGACGACGCACCCAAGCAAGCAGUGCCAGCUGAACCCUCUCUUCGUGAACUGCGGGCGCGGUGACGUGACGGCCAUUAUGCCAAAUGUGGCCUUGAUAGACAGCGCGCAGAUACCCCUCAUGCUGGAGUUUUUCGGUAAGCUGCUGGCAUCGCUGUUCCUCACCCAGGAUGUGCUGGCGGUGGAGUUGCCUCCUCUCUUCUGGAAGCUGUUGCUGGGCGAGGAGGUCACCAUCAAGGACUUGGCUGCACUCGACACGGACAUCGCAAAGCUUCUGCAGCCGGAGGAGCUGAUGAUGCGCACCCAGGAAGAACUGGAGGAGCGGUUUCCUGGCAUCAGUGAAAUGUGGAAGGCCAUUGUCACAGACAACCAGCAGUUCCUCCUGGACGAGAGUCUUCCACCUGAGACUGUGGACGGUGCUCGGCUGCUUUCUCGCCGCAUCAUGGUGAGCGAAAUCGGCCGCUUUGAGGAGGCGAUCGCGUACAUUCAGCAGGGCUUUGACCAAGUCCUUCCACUGUACACGUUGCAGGCCUAUCGGUGGCAGAAGGUGGAGCUCCUCAUCUGUGGAACGCCGAAGCUUACCUUUGCCGAUUUCUACAACAAGUGCGAUAUUCAACUCCCGACGACGGAUGCGAGCAUGUUUAUAUCCGUCCUGGAGAGCAUGACAGACGAGGAUCGUACCUUGCUCCUUCGCUUCACCACCGGCCAGUCGCGCCUCCCUCUCAAGACAAAGAUAAAGGUGACCCAUAACGGCAACACGGAUACACUUCCCACUAGCAGCACCUGCUUUUUCGCCCUUCGACUACCGUCCUACUCAUCCGCGGAAAAGAUGAAAGAGUAUCUCUUGUACGCUGUGCGACAGUGCAAGGCGAUCGACGCGGACGGCCAGCCACGCGAACACCUUCUCAUCGACUGA